GUCUAGUUCGCUCGGUUGUGCCUUAACCUCGCUCACACCAUCGGACCUGUACGAAUCAUUCCACGAAUUUGCUUCACGUGUUCUCUUCGUUUCAUCCAUCAACAUCUAGCUCAAAUUACUUGCAUCCGUGUCAUCCUUUUGCGUGUGACUUAUUCGAUCUCUCAUCGAGUGCUGAACAAAUUGAGAAUAGACAGGAAUUGAAAACAUUUUCAAGUCGUAUCCUUCUCUAAUAAUCGUCCAUGUUGUAAGUUGCCAUUUUAUGACGAUGCAAGGCGAAUGGAAGCCAAUCUCAUUCGCAAGUUUGGGCAUUGCACGCGUGAUAUUCUACAAAAUAUUCUUGGCUGGCUGCUUCCACCAUCUUCUUCCAUAAAAGAAAAAACAAACAAAAAACACAAAGAACCAAAAGAAAAAUGGCUGAAAACGUGGAAUCAGGAAAAUCUGUUGGCCUUCCAGGAAUAGCAGCCAACACUUUAAAUCCGAUCAAUCACAGCAGCGCAGCGCGUCCGUCUCAUUUGCCAUCGGUGGCGGAAGGAUCGUCACGAAUGACGUCGUCAGGUGUGAAAUCAUCGACGACUGCAUUGCCCGUUGCAGCAUCUUGCACUUCAACGUCGGGCCCCUCCUCUUCCGCACCAGCGUCUACGGGAGCUGCUGUUAGCAUCGCACCUAGCGGCGGGAUUGGAACUAACUGCUCCUCCUCUUGUUCGGUCACGGCAAAUUCGUCGACUGCGGGCUCGAAUCAGCCGCAGCUUUCAGUUGCCGUGUCGACUUCUAAAGGCAAAGGCGCUGCUUCUUGCGCUGAAGCGAACCGAUCAUCCGCCGGAUCGCCAUCCGUAGUGACAACUCAUCCGGUGGCGGCACCGUUCAGACAGCACCACCAAUCGCAUCCGACCUCGUCUCCACCGUCCUAUUCUUGGGUGCAGAGUCAUCAACCGCGUCCGUCGGUCAGCGCUGCCGGAUUGUCUUACCCGCUGGACGAGCCGGAUCAGAAUAUCGAAGGGGCCGGUUACAAUUGGUCGGCUAGGAAUCAAGCCACUUGGAGCGGCCCGGUGCCCCAUUUAGUGCGUCGCGUCAGCACGAGCGGAGGCAACGGCGCCGGAUGCGCUCGUUACGGCAGCCUCAACCGUCGCAGUCACAACCGCAGCAGCCAAUUGCAGCAGCAACAGCCGUCGAGUAGUUUGCGGUUGGUCAACGGUGGGCUGGCCGGCGGUGCCAACAACGGCUACCCGUCGUCGGAAGAGGAGCUGAGGAGCCCGCGUCAUCGACGUCUUUACCAACAGCAACAGCAGCCGCUGCUCGGUAACGGCCUGAACGGCCGCAGCGAUGAUUUGGCCAACGCUUAUUACGCCAGAUCGGGUAGUUGCGGAGGCGUAUCGGCCGGCUAUUCUUACGGUGGUGGUGGCGGCGUCGGCACGUGCUGCUCCGAUUCGCUAGUGACGGCGCUCGAGGACGAAGCGUCGACGUCGUCGUUCGUGCCGGAUUACCUGGUGGCUGGCGCCGAUGACAUGAAUUUUAUCAACAAUAAAGAGAUGAGUGCCAGUGGCGGUGUGGCCGGAUGCGGAAGCGCGGCCGGAAGCUUCGCUGCCGGUGGCGGACGAGUUCAUUUCAGUAACAGUGCCGGAGGUGGCGAUGAUGUCAGCUUGUACGGCACGCCGAAGGAGGAAGCCGGACCGGGUCCGGGGCCGGCCAACAUGGGCGGCGAGCCGAAACCGUCGUUCAUCCGCAAUCAGCUUCAGGCUCUGUUCCAGCCGACGGACAACAAGCUGGCCAUGAAGCUGUUUGGCAGUAAGAAAGCUCUGAUGAAGGAGCGCAUCCGACAGAAAGCUGCAGGACACUGGAUCAUCCAUCCGUGUUCCAAUUUCCGAUUUUACUGGGAUUUGGGGAUGCUGUUCCUGCUGGUGGCCAACUUGAUCAUCCUGCCAGUGGCCAUCUCUUUCUUCAACGACGACCUGAGUAUUCGCUGGAUUGCCUUCAACUGCCUUAGCGACACCAUCUUUAUGAUUGACAUCGUCGUCAAUUUUCGAACAGGUAUUAUGCAACAAGAUAACUCGGAGCAGGUCAUCCUGGACCCGAAGCUGAUAGCCAGGCACUAUUUGCGGACGUGGUUCUUCCUGGACCUGAUCAGUUCCAUCCCACUUGAUUACAUCUUUCUCAUCUUCAAUCAGUUUCUGCGGAUGCAAGACUUUAGUGAGAGUUUUCAAAUCCUGCAAGCCGGAAGAGCGCUGAGGAUCCUACGCUUGGCUAAACUGCUGUCUCUUGUGAGGCUCCUCCGACUGUCACGACUCGUUCGCUACGUCAACCAGUGGGAGGAAGUUUACAUCUCUCAGAACUUACAGAAUCUGAGCAAAAAAAGGACCGAACGAAGGGGACGGCUCGGUUCCGACGCUCACGCGAGCAAUCAGAAGGAGCCCUACAAAGAAAAAUCCCUUAUCAUGAAGUUCCUGAAUAUGGCUAGCGUCUUCAUGAGGAUCUUCAACCUGAUCUGCAUGAUGCUGCUGAUUGGACACUGGUCGGGAUGUCUUCAAUUCCUCGUGCCCAUGCUGCAGGGAUUCCCUCCAAACUCGUGGGUCGCCAUCAACGAAUUACAGGAAUCCUUUUGGCUGGAACAAUAUUCUUGGGCCCUUUUCAAAGCCAUGUCUCACAUGCUUUGCAUCGGUUACGGACGGUUCCCGCCUCAAUCUCUGACGGACAUGUGGUUAACAAUGUUAUCGAUGAUCAGCGGAGCCACUUGCUACGCUCUCUUUCUCGGUCACGCCACCAAUCUCAUCCAAAGCCUCGACUCUUCUCGCCGUCAGUAUCGCGAAAAGCUGAAACAGGUGGAGGAAUACAUGGCGUACCGUCGGUUACCGCGUGACAUGCGCCAAAGGAUAACCGAAUACUUCGAGCACCGCUAUCAAGGCAAAUUCUUCGAUGAAGACGCCAUCCUGGGCGAGCUAUCGGAAAAGUUACGAGAGGAUGUCAUCAAUUUCAACUGCCGAUCUCUGGUGGCUUCUGUGCCCUUUUUCGCCAACGCCGACCCAGCCUUUGUCUCUGACGUUGUUACCAAACUCAUUUACGAGGUCUUCCAACCGGGUGAUAUCAUCAUCAAAGAGGGAACUAUUGGAACGAAAAUGUACUUUAUCCAGGAGGGCAUUGUUGACAUUGUCAUGGGCAACGGUGACGUUGCGACGUCCCUUAGUGACGGCUCUUACUUUGGCGAGAUUUGUCUUUUGACUAAUGCCCGUCGAGUGGCCAGUGUUAGGGCUGAAACCUAUUGCAAUCUUUUCUCAUUAUCAGUGGAACACUUCAAUGCCGUCCUGGAUCAGUAUCCACUCAUGAGAAGAACACUGGAGAGUGUUGCAGCCGAAAGGUUAAAUAAAAUAGGAAAGAAUCCAACCAUGGUAUCAAAUCGUGAAGACUUACAGAGUGACUGUAAAACAGUCAACGCCAUCGUCAGUGGUAUGACGACAGGUGGCCAUUCUGGGCCGGGCAGUACAGAAGAAUUCGGAGGUCACCAUUUGGGUCAUCGACGACGUUCUUCCACGGGUAGAAUUCAUAACUAUUUGUAUCAACAUUCGCCCACAAUGUCUCCACCGUACAGCCUUCCACGCCCUCGAUCCGAGAACAAUUUCGCCCUGGCCGCAGCAGCAGCUUCCAUGGCUGCUGCAGCGUUCGGUGUGCCGUCCGGCAGCGUCCCGGAUGAUCGCAGGUUUGACCUCAAAUCCGACGACAAGAUCAGGUCCAAUCACUGACUCUUGUUCACUUGUUAAAAACGUCGCGAUUGUUUCUCUCUUUCCUCCUCAAAAAGUUCGUCGUUGGUACACCGUCGAAUUGUUUUCUUUUAUUCAAUGGCAAGAAUGCCAUUCAAUAACGUGACCUAUGGGACGUGUGAAACUAACCCACAAUAUUCUAUGUAGCAAUAAUUCGUGUGUCGGUAGCUAUAUGUAGAAACCAAAGUUUUGUUUGGAUACGAAUCAAGCAAGUAGCUGGAGCAGUUUUUGCUUUGGCACACCACGCUGCACAGUCGCAAACUCGCGAGAUGGCUACAGAAGACAGAAGCUACGUCUCCGGUGCAUCUGAUCAUAUUUCCCCUGUCUUUCCACUCAACAGAACAUUGUGUUAUCGGUUCCUUCAAAAAUCACUUUUAAUCUAAGCGACUUGGCUUCUCGAUUUUAAAAAAAGUGUUGAGAUCCAACACCGCAAAUAAGUCAUUUUCAGCAGACCUCAGUUGAAAACCACAACAUAAAAAAAAAAAAAAAUCUCCGUGCAUCUCUCUAGUCUCGCGGGUACCUAAUCUAGUCAUUUACUUUUGAUAGGAUUUCUGUUAAAAAAACAAAAAACAAAAUGGAUUUAAAAUGUAGGUCUAGUCGUCACAGCUAAAUGGACAAUGUGCUGGCGCUGUAUGUAUCGGCCAGUGUUGCUCGAGUACCUAUAGUCGAGAAAGUAAGGUCGCAGAGAGUUAUUGUGUAAACUUGAAUUUGUUACGUUACGUUUUUUAAUUAUGACAGUUUUUCCUAAAAAUCACUAUUGCUUGUUUCGGUUCAUGAAAUGCAGUCGUUUUCGAAAAUUAUGUUGUUUUGUUGAGAGUGAAAGUUCCUGUUAAUCGAGAGUAUACUAGUUGAGGGCCAUGCAUUAUUGUAGCCAGAUGAUUCACACUAAAGCACAUUCAACAUUUGUAGGCUAUGCGAGCGGUAAAAAUAAAUCCACGUUUUUCGCCGGUGAUGUAACACACUCGGAUUGUCUCGUUCGUACAAGUUUGCUGUCUGUGAGCGGUUAUUUUUCGAUUUUUGUAAGGCUUGCAAGAAAAUGCCUGCCAGGUUGCGUCAUAACGAGGCGAAUAAUGACAAUACAGUUCAUACUCUUGCGUUUCGA